UUAAAUCCCUGGUCUUAACAAGAAAGGGAUCGUACGCAAGAGAGUGAGGCGAGAUCCACCGAUAGGCCCCGGCUUGCCUUGCGAGAGAGUGACUAAAGCGGAAGAAUAAUGGCAGAGAAAUGCGAGGAGGUUGAGAGCAGAGAAUGGUACUUGGCAUCGUAUGCUCCGGAGGGUGUUCCCACCUCCGAUAAUCUCAAACUCCGAACUGUCCGGCUAUCGCUAGCCUCCGACUCCAUCCCCGACGGUCACCUCGCCGUCGAGCUCCUCUAUGUUUCCGUCGAUCCAUACCUCCGCUCGAGAAUGAGCGGCCGCCUGGACGGCCUCGACUCCGACCAGUACCCGCUUAACCAGGUGAUCACGGCUUUUGGGAUCGGAAAGGUGAUCCGGUCCAAGGAUAGCGAGUUUGAGGAGGGCGACGUUGUGCUCCAUCCAUAUUUUCCGGUGGCAGAGUACUGUGUGAUGACCUCCCACAUGCUCAAGAAAAUUGAUCCAAAAGCUGGGAUCUCAUUGCCGGAUUUCCUAAGCUGCUUGGGAGUGCCGGGGUUUGCAGCGUGGGUGGGAAUAGAGGUGCUGGGAGACCCAAAGCCAGGGUCCAAUGUCUUCAUCUCUGCUGCUUCCGGUGGCGUGGGAAUGUUUGCCGGCCAACUCGCCAAGCUCCGUGGCUGUCGGGUUAUCGGAUCCACUGGCUCCGAUGAUAAGGUGAAGCUAAUGAAAGACGAAUUUGGGUACGACGACGGAUUCAACUACCACAAGGAAACAGAUUACGAUGCUGCUUUGAGCAGGUAUUUCCCAAACGGUAUAGAUUUGUACCUGGACAAUGUUGGAGGGAAGAUGCUUGAAGCUGUAUUGAACCACGUGAACAAGUACGCACGCAUUCCUCUCUGCGGAAUGGUAUCUCAAUACAAUAAGGUGUGGACAGAAAGAGAAGGGGUGAGGAAUCUGCUGAACAUGGUGGGGAAAGAAGUGAGGAUGGAGGGUUUCAUGCUUCUAUCUCAUCUGCAUCGUUUCGGAGAGUUCGCUGCAGCAAUGGGAGGAUACAUGAAACAAGGCAAGGUGAAGUCCAAAAAUAAAAUUAACCUCGGGAUCGAGAGCUUCUUAGAGAGCCUGGCCUCCGUAUUCUCAAGCUCUAAUCAUGGCAAACUGGUUAUUCAGGUUAAGCCAUAUGUUUAAUUAAUAUAUAAUCCCAUGUUUGUUUGUGAUAAUACUCGUGUUUCCUUUGACGUGAUGUUUGACUACAUUCUCUUGUUUAUGUGUGAAACUUACCUGACCUCCAAGAACGGGAGGGUUGUUGUAAAGGCAGACUUUUGUUUAUGUGUUGUCUCGUUUCUUCAAGGCACACUAGCAUCUUGUGUUUA